AUGUGUUUGGUUGGAUGGAGAAGUUUCUCUAUCGACAACAAAUUGCUCGAGGGAGAUUGCUUGGUUUUUCAAUUGAUCGAGCCGUGCAAGUUUAAGGUAUACAUUGUCAAAAAUAAAAGAUUAACAAAAUUCGACGAAGCAAAUCAAGAUCAUUUUCACCGUCAGCCAAUCGAAGAAAAUUCAGACCCCAUUGAGGUAACUCGAGAUAAAUAUCUCGAGCACCUAUCACAAAAGAAGGAAAGAUCGAUUCCCAUUCGUAAUACUGCUCAAGAUGAAUAUGCCUACUACAGCGACAUGUUCGGCACACAAAGAUCCUCGGAAUAUUCCCUUGUCAAAUUUAAAGACAUUAAGGGGUUUAAAGGUUUUAGCAUUUACGUAGAUGGCCAAAUUCUCGACUCCGAAAUGCUAACUCGUUGUAGAGAAAAGUACUACGAGCUCUGCAAAAGUCAAAAUAUGUUUCUUCACGAGAAACUCGUACGGGGGCUUAACGGUAAAUUAGCAGCCGAGAUGAUUUCGGAGACGGUCAAGAUAGCCAAUACGAUCAGGGCCGUCAAUCCUAUGACGGGCCCCGCUCGAAUGGAGUGUUGGGAUAAGACUUGA